AUGAAGCCGGCUGGCACCCAAACCAUCGAGACUCUUGCUAUUGGGGCCAUGGCGCCAAUCCAAUCAAUCGUAGACCCAGCUAAGCUCAUGGGCUUCCAGGGAGCCGACAUCGGUAUAGUUCUCGAGUAUAUCGAAAACAUAGACUAUCGGACUCUCUACCCUCGAUUUACUCAUUCAGACAUUCGCUACUACACAAAGGAACUUCUAAAAGCAUUGGAAUUUGCACACGAUUUGGGCGUAAUGCAUCGCGAUCUUCGACUCAUAGGAUGGAGCUCGGCCGAGUUCUACCAGCCUGGGGGCGAGUAUGACUGCUGCGUAGGCCUCAACAAGCCACCUGAAAUACUUUUGAGUCACGAGAGAUACGAUUGCAGCGUGGAUAUGUGGUGUCUGGGUAAUAUGCUAGCUUCAAUGAUUUUCAAGAAAGAUCCCUUUUUUCACGGCCACAGCCUCCUCGACCAGUUGGUCAAAAUUUCGAAGGUUCUUGGAACAGAGAAGCUCUAUCGUUUGGCUGAACAGCUCGACAUUGUGAUAGAACAGGAAGAAUAUGAAGCUCUUGGACAUCGCGAAGAGAAGUCUUGGGUCAGUUUUGUGGAUAGUGGUAACGAGCAUUUAGCAACAAGGGAAGGCAUGGAUCUUGUCGACCGGCUGCUGCGAUUCGACCCAAGGGAAUAG